GUGAAAACUUGUGCGUAACUGUGACGCUACUGUGUUUGCUGUUUUUUGUGAGUUAUUUUAAAGAAAAAAGAACUCAAAAAAGUGGUAACGAGCACACAUUUGCCCUUUGCACAAUGAGUGAACACAAGAAUCCUCCAUCUCGCGUCCAGGUCUACGUUCGAGAAAGACCUUAUACUAAAAGUGAAAUUGCAUCCAAAAAACCUAGUGUUAUUAAAGACUCAAAUCAAAACGAACUCUUCGUUAAGUAUGGUUCAAUUCAGAAAAACUACUCUUUUGAUGGAGUUUUUGGGUGUGGGGCUUUACAAGCGGAGGUUUACGAUGUUGUUGUGCGCCCCUUGGUUGACUCGAUGUUGUUGGGGUGCACUUGCACUGUUUUCGCUUAUGGAGCAAUCGAAACCGGCAAAACCUACACCAUGAUUGGCGACGAUAUCAACCCUUCGGUUAAUUUUAUGAAUGACCCUUCUGUUGGCAUGGUACCAAGGGCAGGAGUUGACAUUUUUAAUAAACUAUCUCAAUUAGGGGUUGAAUAUAACGUAACUGCUUCCUUUGUCGAGAUACACAAUGAAGAAAUCCGCGAUCUUUUAGGGUUUGAUGGUUCUUAUUUGAGAAUCUGUGAUGAUCCGGACAAUGAGGGGGCAACAUAUAUUAAAGGUUUGUCUAAGGUACCAGUAAACAAUUGCAAUGCACUCUUUGAAACGUUGAUUAUUGGGGCAUCAAGUCAAAAUUCAGGUUCUCAUACCAUCUUUACCAUUGCCGCUACCAUUCGCGAAUUGUCUAAUGGUGAUGAGAUUGUUAAAAGUGGUAAAAUCCAUUUGAUUGAUUUGGCUGGAUGUGAGAACCUUGACCGUUCUGGAGCUACUGGGGCCAAUAAGAAGUCACUUCAAACUUUGGCGAAAGUCAUAAAAGCUCUCGCUUUAAAAUCCGAACAUAUUCCCUACGGAGAAUCGAAACUGACAAGAAUUUUACAAGAUAGUUUGGGCGGAAAAAGCAAAACCAGCAUUAUUGCGACAUUUUCGCCUUCAGGUGACGUAUUUGAAGAGACUCUUAGUACUUUGGGCUAUGCACAUAUGGCUCGAAGUGUCUUUAAUUGUCCGAUUCAUAACGUUAUAAACAUACGGAGAGAUAACAUGAUUAAAGCUUUAAAACAUGAAGUUAGUACUCUACUUCAGGAAUUAAACGUUACCAGGGAAGAGUUCUAUAUAGAUGCUGAAAACUACGAGAAGCUGCUUCUCGAAGCCAAAGCCAAACACGAAAGAGUCGUCACACUUACAACAGAAAUAACAAGAUUAGAUGGUAAUAUCAAGCGUGAAGAGCAGUGUUCUGAUGAAUUGGAGAAGAAUCUCCACACUGCCACAUUGGAAGCUAUAACAAAAAAGUUGGAACAAGAAACCAUCAAACAGGAAGAGAGUGAACAUGAUGGUGCUUGCAUGAGCGAUAAUCUGUCACAAUUGGAAGAACAAUCAAGAGUUCUACAAGACGUUUCUAACCAGAACUAUGAAGCUCAGUCUGAGGCAACAUUACAUAAUGCAAAAAUCGCUAACGAAAUGGUCUCGGUUUUAUCCAAGAACUUGAAAAACUUUGAAUGCACUCUAGAACAAUUUCGAGAAAAUGAACAAACAGAUUUGACUACUAUAGCUACAAGCAAUGGACGCAUUAAAGACACCGUACUUAACGACUUAAAACGUUUAAAACAACUUUUACGCGACGUAGCUGCUUUUACCGAGAGUCUUAAAUGCUCGUUUGAGACUUUGUUCAAGGAUACGAGAUUCACAGAAAGAGGCGCUAGAGCAACUUUAACGUCUACGAAUGAUGACAAUCAUAAACUGCUGGGACAGUAUUUUGAAAAAGUUAAAGCAACUCUUGGAAGACUUAAAGAUUACAUCGAUAUUGCUACAGCUUCAUUGGCGGAAGCAACGUUUCAAUAUGAGAAUGAUGUUAGCACACAGUUUUCCUUGUUGAGUAACAUGUACGAUAGAUACUACUCCUUGUUGUAUUCUUUACAUGCAAAUAUGCAGAAACGUUACAUUCGAAUUAAACGUUUAAUAAUUCAAGGCGAUGAAAGCGUCCAAACGUGGGAGACGCUUAUAAAAUUACUACUCCAGAAAUUCGAGGAUUUGUGGUUGGAAUUGGAAACCAUAGUACACGCAAAAGGAUACGUUAAGAGAACAACCGACUUGUUGAAAAAAGAAACUUCUGCAGUUAGCCGCAACCUAAAGAUGCUUUUUAACAAAUUCAUGCAACAAACGGCGCAUCCUCAACUAGAAGAUCUCCAGUUGAAUGUUAAAACGGCUCAAGCCGUAAUUCAAGAAGAGCAAGGGAUGUGCAUUGAGAUGGUUUCUGAAAAUCAUCGCCACAACCAAGAUUACUUUGCUAGAUUCUUUAAUACAAUUACAAAAGGUGUAGAGGAUCAUAAUGAGGGAGUUGUUGAAAAAGUGGAAACUAUGGCAAAAGAGGCUUUUAGUAUGCUACAAAAUCAACAUCGCAUCACUGGGGAACACUCCAAACGUAUUUCAACUGCCGUUGACAAUGUUAUUAUGAACGAAAAUCGUUACACGGCAAGAGUGAUGCAAAUUUCUCAACAAACCGUUGAAAACCUGGAAGAGACGGUACAAAAAAUUAAAAAAGAAAAAGAGUAACUGCAAAAUUAACAUUGUCUAUUAUCUGUUCUAAGAUUUUUACGGUAUAUUGCAUGUUUGAUUGUCAAGUGUUUCCCUUUAAGAGACUUAUUCUUGGAUACUAGAAUCUUAAAAAAGUAUAAGUCCUUCCUUACAAGACAAUUGCAUUGUCAUACUUUACCCUUAUUUAUUUUGUUGUUUGCUAGCUUUAGUUUGUUAUGUUGUUUUACUUAUAAUAACUUAUGUGCAAUGAAUUAAGUUUUGCAAAUUUUGUUUGACUGCAAAACUAAAAACAUUUGCAAAUUACAUUGAAAUUAAGAUAAGAAUAUGUUACGAUAGUUUUGCUGUUUGUUCGGUGCAAAGCUUUAAGUGAAAAACUUCCUAGUCUCCCUAGUCAGGAUAGUAUUCAUUAAAGAUUCCAUUUGAUGUUUUUUAAAUUAUUCAGUAUUGUUUUUGAUGUUCCUAUUUUGUAAUAUUUUG